AUGGAAACCACCGCUGGCUCAAGCUCGUCGCAGAGCUCCAUGGAGCGGUCCGGGGAGCGGUCCCCGUACUCCUCUCCAAUUACCUAUCGCCAUCCCUCCUACUCAUACACAUCGUCUAUCAACUGCUACUGCAGUCAGAAGACUCCCAGGUGGAUCUCAUGGAGUAAUGGGAAUCCAGGAGGAGGUACCAUUCAUGCUACAAAUAUCGGUUUUUGGGUGUGGUUGGAUCCCAAGCCAAUAGAUCAUCAGAUCGAAAUCUUUGUUGAUUUACGAGAUGCAGUUAAGGCCUUGCAUAACAAGAACAAAACUCUGGAGCUAGAGAAGAAUGAACUCAGUUUUUUGCUGGAUGAAGCACAUGUGGAGAAUGCCAAACUGGUGAAGGAGAAGAAGGAGGCCAGGGCACUUGUGAAGGAACUUGAGGCCAAGGCACUUGCCAAGGAGCUGGAGGCCAAGCUACAGCUGGUGGCCUUGUUUAGUAAAGGUGCCAAGGCGUGUUGUGGUUCAGUGAUCCUUCUUGCUAUGUUUUUGGCACUCCUGGUGGCCAUGUUUAGUAAAGGUGCCAAGCCCCUGAAGCUACAGCUGCUGUGA